AUGUGGCAGCAUCCUCAGUAUUCCUGGCAAGGCAGUUCUCCCGCCUGGACGCCUUCCCAGCCUCAUGGUCACGCACCGUCUCCCUACACUCAGAACUCGGCACCUCGUUCUUCGUACCCAUCCGAUCCUUCGUAUCCGCCUCACGCCUACUUUCCUCCAGCCCAACACGGCCUGCACUUUCCUCCUAUUCCCUCAGCAACGCUGAGGCAACGCUCGACGUCGCAAGACGUCUCCUACCAUCCCUACCCCUACCGAGCGUCGAAGCCUUCCUCGUCGGGUGCGGCAAAAGCCUCGACUGGGAUUACCUUCGUCGAUACGACUCAGCAGACUGCUGCCGCCGCGACGGGUCUCUCCGGAGAUGGCUUGUCGCAGUGUCGGCCGAAGCGGAAACGGAUCACGCCUGAACAGCUCGUCCAUCUCACUGCCGUCUUCGAGUCGACGGAUUCACCAACGUUCGAACAGCGAGAAACGCUAGCGGAGCAAACCGGCAUGACCAAUCGAGAGGUCCAGAUCUGGUUUCAGAAUCGACGAGCUAAGGUCAACCGGCAACGACAAGCCUUACUCGCCAAGGAGGAAUCCGCCGCCGGGACAGCCGCGAUUACCGCUUCAGACGAAUCAGGAGUCGUCGACCCCGCCGCCGCCUCCAAAGCGCCUGCCGAGAUGAUGUCUGCCGGACAGCAUCAGUGGCGCUUCCGACCGAAGAAAGCGGCGAAGCUUAGCCACGCACCCGAAACUGUGCCUUCUCCUCUUCCUCCUCAAGCGCCCGCGGCCUCCCACAUCGUCUCCGCCAUGCCUCCUCAUUCCUUCGCUUCGCCGUAUCCCUCACCGCCCCUCGCGCCUACUGCCCAGCGCCCUCUCUCACUCGGACCCCUCUCUCCUCCGCUUUUGACGCCUGGCGCCGGCUCGUCGUACUUUACAAUCGCUUCUCCUCCCCUCACGACUCCCGGUCUCGCUUCUCCAGGCUCAGGUUCAGCCUCGAGCUACUUCUCCCGGAACGAUGGGCCGUACACGCCCAGCACGAUGUCCUCGCCGUCCGGUUACUUCUUCCGCCUCGCGCUCGACUCGCCUCACUCGCCACACGGCCCCUCCGAGACCUUUGAGCCGACUUCUCCACGACCCGCGGCACCCGAAGCACUCAUCCACCUCGCGCCAAUCCGCUCAGACGCGCUCUUCGGCCGACUAGGAAUGGCGUCCAACCGCUCGGCUCUCAGUCGGCCUAUGCACCGUCGCUCGAUAAGCGACUCGGCAGCGCAAGCUGUACUAGCUGCAUUGGCAACACAGCAGGCUGGCAAGGCUACGCGACCCGCGCACCCCGUUCGACUCCCUUCUCUCCGCGGCCUUCUCAACGACGACGACGGCUCGGCGGGCGCGACUCGACCGCCUGUGCUUGCGUCUGCACCGACGUCGCCGGUCGCUACAGGCUCUCCAGUUUCCCUGGCAUCCUCGCCUCCCGACAUUAGACUCGCAGCGGCCACCGCCUCUCCCAGCGACAAGCCCGCAAUCCCUCCUCAGCGACCCCCUCUCCUCUCUCGCUACUCGACGACCGACAUUCACCGCAAGCCCUCGCUCGAGCGCAAACCGCUACCGUCGAGCUCGCCCGCCCGGUCAGGUUCGCCGACCGCCCACCGUCUCGACUCUGCAGCCGUUGGCGUCGCCGACGGGAGCGAGCCCGACACCGACAUCCGCAUGCGCAAUUUGACGCCGCUGUCAGGCCCAGUCGGACUCGGGAUGCUCGUUGCGGCCGCGAGCGAGGUGUGCGAGGACGACGAGCGGGCGGCUCGACUUGCGGCGUCGAGCCAGAUGCGAUGA